UGCCAUAUUUUUGUAUGGAGAAAAGGGAGCUGCGUAUGGCCUCCGGAAACACGGGACACGGGAACACGAGAUCAGUACGGGUAGUACGGGGGAAUACGGGUACUGACCAGGGGGUCGAAGCAUACCGAACUGGCUGAUACCAGAGAAGUGGAGGUGGAAGUAGAAGUGGAAGUGGAAGUGGAAGUGGAAGUGGCAGUUGAAGUGGCGAUAGGAAAUGUAUGAUCUCCAUAAUCGUAAUUAAAUGAACAACUGUGUGCGUAAUAAACAAUUGAAUAUAUUUAAACGAAAACUGCUGCUGCGUGGCAGUGCACCCAUAUUUCAGUAAUGCGGUGGUGUAGCACACAAUUGGUAACCAGCUUCAGCAAUGACAGAAAUAACAUCCAACGAACGUGGUAAGCAAUUGUCACGGCAAAGAGCGACCAUGUCCGACCUACAACAGCAUCACUACAACCUUGCAACGUCCGAGAUGAUGCCCAAAGGACUUGCUAUUAAUGGGGUUGGUGGAAGGCUGCGUCAAUUGGAGGCACUAUUUGUUGGUGGUCCUGUGCAAGGGGGACGAGCCGGUCAUACAUUUUCUAUUGAAACUCUCAUCGACGUUUUACUCGUUCUCUAUGACGAGUGUUGCAACUCCUCAUUACGUCGAGAAAAGACAGUAUCAGAUUUUAUCGAAUUUGUGAAACCAGUCGCCUCAUGCAUAAAAAGCCUACAAUUAGCUAGAGAAGAUUUUGAAAUAGUCAAAGUAAUUGGACGAGGUGCAUUUGGAGAGGUUUGCGUGGUCAGGAUGCGGGGAUCGGACAAAGUCUUUGCUAUGAAAAUACUCAACAAAUGGGAGAUGCUGAAACGUGCUGAAACCGCUUGUUUUAGGGAAGAACGAGAUGUAUUGGUAUACGGAGACCGUAGAUGGAUAACAAAUCUCCACUACGCCUUUCAGGAUGAUAAUAAUCUGUACCUUGUCAUGGAUUAUUAUUGCGGUGGUGAUUUAUUAACACUGCUGAGUAAAUUUGAAGAUCGACUUCCCGAAGACAUGGCGCGGUUUUACAUAGCGGAAAUGGUGCUGGCUAUCGGAUCAAUUCAUGAUCUGCAUUACGUACAUCGUGAUAUUAAGCCAGACAACGUUUUGUUGGAUGCUAAUGGACACAUAAGACUGGCUGACUUUGGUUCAUGCUUACGGCUCUUUGAAGAUGGAACUGUUCAAAGUAACGUUGCUGUUGGUACUCCGGAUUAUAUUUCACCUGAAAUUUUACGGGCUAUGGAAGAUGGGCAAGGGAGGUAUGGCCCUGAAUGUGAUUGGUGGUCCCUCGGAGUAUGCAUGUACGAAAUGCUCUAUGGAGAAACUCCAUUUUAUGCUGAAUCUCUAGUUGAAACAUACGGAAAAAUCAUGAACCAUAAGAAUUGUUUCGACUUUCCAAUAGAAGAUGUGUAUGAUGUAUCCGAAGAGGCUAAGGAUCUGAUGAGGAAAUUAAUUUGCAGCUCUGAGUUUAGAUUGGGCCAGAAUGGUAUCGAUGAUUUCAAAAAACAUCCGUGGUUCGAAGGUGUGGACUGGGAUGUUUUAAGAGACAACACUGCCCCGUAUAUACCUGAAGUGUCUUCACCAACUGAUACUUCGAAUUUUGAUGUCGAUGACACAGAUGUUCGAAGCUCGGAUGCUGUACCUCCUGCUGCUAACUCUGCGUUCUCUGCUCUGCAUCUACCUUUCGUAGGAUUCAGCUUCACUCAGGGAAGCCGGAUAUCGGACCUGGGCUCUCUUCCUAUGGUCUGUCAGAAGGAUAAGAGUAUGAAAAUGUUGGAGGAGGAAAAUGCACAGUUAACGCUUACCAUCGCUGAUUUACGAAAUCAAGUUGGCGUUGGUCAUUUCUCACCUACGACAUCUCCAGACUCGAAUAAUGCCACUAGAAAAUUACAGGAUGAAAUAAAUACGCUGACUAAAAGAAACUGUGAGCUCGAAACACAGUUAAAGUCGAUGGAGAUACCACGGGAAUUAUGUACCUUGGAUAGUGGUGAAUCAACAAAGAUUCGUGAGCUGGAAAAGUUGGUGCGUAGCUUAAGGAUGGAGAAAGAAGAGGCUUUAAAGGAAAAAUUCGAUACUCAAGAGAAAUUAAAACUUCAAGAAAAAGAAUUAAAAGAUGCGCUCACACAGAGGAAAUUAGCAAUGACUGAAUAUACUGAGGUAACAGACAAACUAUCCGAGCUAAGGCAACAGAAACAGAAACUAUCGCGGCAAGUAAGAGACAAAGAAGAAGAGCUUGAAGUAGCGAUGCAGAAAGUUGAUAGUCUGCGACACGACAUAAGGAAGGCAGAGAAGUUGCGUAGAGAGCUAGAAAACAGAGUCGAGGAAGCGAUGGCUGAGACGAGUAAAGAGCGGAAGUUACGGGAACGGAGUGAAGAGUACUGCAAACAAAUGCAAGAAGAAAUGGAAAAGAUACGGCAGAGACCUGUGGGAAAUGACAGCAGUGGUAAUCAGGCAUUAGCGACACAGGAAAUUCAUAGGCUGAAAACGGAGGUGGAGAAGCUUGAUGUACAAUAUAACCAAAAUCUCAACCAGCAGCAGAGUAGGUAUACGUCGGAGAUACGAAGUCUUCAAGACCAGUUGCACGAGGCUGAAAACAGAAGAGAAAUCCUGGAACGGGAAGUCCAGUCGGCGAGAGAAAAAUUAGAUGCUGCCAGAUUGGAAAAUAUCACAGACAGUGAAGAGACGAUUAACGAACUGAAUAGAAGGUACGAACGUGAGAAAAUGAUGCUAGUCGAAGAGAACAAAAAGCUCAUGCUCGAUCUUGGGGCUGUUACGGACAGCGUUGGUAGAAUUCAAGGUGAGCGAAGGCAGCUGGAAGAAGAAUACGAAGAAUUGAGGAACAAAAAAGAGGCCAUCGCCCAGUGGGAAGCACAAAUAACCGAAAUCAUUCAAUGGGUUUCUGAUGAAAAGGAUGCCAGAGGUUAUUUGCAGGCAUUAGCAACCAAAAUGACAGAAGAACUAGAAUUCCUGAAACACUCUGGCGGAGUUGGAGCAGUAGUUGGUGGCUCUACGAUGACCGAUAAGAACUGGAGGAACCGUAGAUCACAAAAGCUUGAUAAAAUGGAAUUACUGAAUCUGCAGAGUUCCCUGCAGAGUGAAAUUCAAGCCAAGCAAGCAAUUUCGGAGGAACUCACCAAAACACGAUCAGACCUCAUCGCUGCACAAAAAGAACUGAGAGACUUCAGGCAGAGAUUGGAUGCCAUGGCUCACGAGGCAAAAAGAAAAGAAAUGCAGAUAAACGAACUUCAAGGGCGUUUGGAUACUGGCGAUGGUUCCUUCUUCCUAACUACCAAAUCGUCCAGCAAAUCAUCAUCUAUCGUCGUUUCAACCAAACCCCAGCGCAUCAUCGUACACAAGUUGAAGUCGCCCCUGUCGGCCUUACGUGCUUCUUGCGUCACAACGUCCUGCUUAUUAACUAGAUUUCCUCGUGCCAACUCAAUCGUCACUUGUACCGCCGAUACCGUCGUUUAUAAGCCUGUCCUAGAACGUCCCACGUCUCAAAUGUCGUACCUGGAGCAUUUCCUCAAGGGAACAGUGGAAAGCACACGUCACGGUAGUGUGGACAGUGUUGAAGGUGACAUAGAGGAUAACCGCGCACCUAGCAUUACAAGCAGCAAAAGCAAUUUGUCCGAACAGAGCAUUGAUCCCACAUCUCCAUUAUCUCAUGAGCUAUUGAACAAAUCAUCUCUAUCCCACGGGCAGCUUAGCUUACAACCAAAACCAAAAUCCCAUCAGUUUUUAGUUCGUACAUUUUCUGCUCCAACGAAAUGCAAUCAUUGCACGUCACUGAUGGUUGGUCUGACCAGGCAAGGUGUCGUAUGCGAAGUUUGUGGUUUUGCCUGUCACAUGUCUUGCUGUGACAAGGUUCCUUCGAUUUGCCCUGUGCCUCCCGAUCAAACAAAACGACCGCUGGGCAUCGACCCCACCAGAGGAAUUGGAACUGCCUACGAGGGUUACGUAAAAGUGCCAAAAAUGGGUGGUGUAAAGAAAGGAUGGAUACGACAGUUCGUAGUGGUCUGUGAUUUUAAAUUAUUCCUCUACGACAUUUCGCCAGAUCGCAAUGCCCUGCCAUCUGUAUAUGUGUCCCAAGUGUUGGAUAUGAGAGACGAGGAGUUCAGUGUCAGCUCCGUGCGUGAUUCUGAUGUGAUACAUGCAACUAAAAAAGACAUUCCGUGUAUAUUUAGAAUAACAACGUCUUUGAUGGAACCGCCUGGCCUAAGAAACAUCACUUUGAUGCUGGCUGAUACGGAGAGUGAAAAGACUAAAUGGGUUGUGGCAUUAAGUGAGCUUCAUCGAAUCUUGAAGCGUAACAAUCUUCCAAAUACUACGAUAUUCCGGGUCAAGGAGUUGUUGGACAACACUUUGGCUCUCAUAAAGAACGUUAUGUCGGGUACGAUAAUAGAUCCUGACCGUCUAGUCAUUGGCACUGAGGAGGGCCUAUUUUGUUUAGAUUUAGAUCGUAGUGAAAUAGCGAGAGUUGGUGAAGGAAAGAAGAUAUAUCUCCUAGAAUAUGUGACAGAAGAACAGCUGAUUGUUGUCCUUAGUGGGAAGCAAAGACACGUCAGACUUGUACCUGUACGAGCAUUGGAUGGAGAUGAAGUUGAAUGGAUUAAAGUAGCAGAAACUAAGGGUUGCAUAACUUUGACAACUGGAAUUAUGCAUCGCAAUCCACUUACUUAUUGUUUAUGCGUUGCUAUUAAAAGACAGAAUUCUUCUCAAGUAAUAAUUUACGAAAUAACACGUACCAAAACACGGCAUAAGCGAAUUCGUGAAGUUAUGUUACCCUGUCACGCUCAGACACUCCAAGUCCUCACGGAAGGCCGCCUCUGUGUUGGUUAUCCAUCCGGCUUCUCCAUCUACAACAUUCUCGGAGACCAGCACCCAAUUUCACUGGUCCAUAAUGAGAAUACGCUAUUAGGUUUUUUGACCUAUAGCGCUGUGGAUGCAUUGCGUUGUAUAGAACUUCCACGCGGCGAGUUUUUACUCGUUUUUCAUACUCUCGCCGUUUACGUUGAUAGUCAAGGCAGGAAGAGUCGAGAUCGAGAAAUAAUGUAUCCCGCUGUCCCUAUUGCAGUCAGUUACUGUGAAGGAUAUCUUCUGGUAUAUAGCGAAACUCACGUCGAUGCGUUUGACUGUACGACUGGAGAUUGGCUGCAGACAUUGAAUGUAAAGAGAGCACGUCCGCUGAAUGCAUCAGGAUCCUUAAGUUCUUGUACAAUCAACGACAUGCCACACGUUAUUUAUUUGAGUAAUUUACAUCAACGGGAAUUGCUAAAUUUGGCAACGGUAGAUGCUAGUGGUAGACAGAUGACCAGACCAAGAAGAAGAUUUUCUCUUCGUGAGGGCAACAGAGCUGCUCGUCCUACUGAUCGGCGAUCUAAAAUGAUUUCUGCUCCAACUAAUUUUAAUCAUAUUAGCCACAUGGGACCAGGAAAUGGCAUACAGAUUCAACGGUUAUUAGACUUACCAACUACACUAGAAACAGCUGAUCAACAACAGUAUACUGGAACACCAUCAGGAACACAUCUCCAUGGCAGCCAACAACGGUUGUAUGGUGCAGCUAUAUCAGCACCAAACAAACCAGCACCGCUACCACCAAGACAUCCACCAUCAGACACGCGACGUCUCAGUUCACACAUGACUAGAAAUUCUGGAUAUUCUCCGCAUAACGGUUCUACAUCUUCUCGGAGAGGUCCGGCGCCUCCCAGACCAACAGCGACUCCUCCAUCAUUACCACGCACUCCAGUAGAUCAAGUUGAUUCAGAGUCACUGCAUCUUCGGUCACACACACCGUUAUCACUUGGCAGUAUCGCAUCAUUACACGAUAAAGAACACACUUCCGGUGGAAGUCCACGCCAUUCUAUAGCUUCUAACAAUAGUUCAAAUCCGUCUACACCUCCCAGCCCAGCUCACGACCAUGGAUCCUCAUCGUACGAUUCAUAGAUGUAUUAAUAAAAACGAAGGCAAGUAAAAUGUUGUUCGUUGCCCGCCCUUGUUAGUUGUUGUAAAAUAUUUUUACCGGAGCUGAAUUUCUUAGUCAUGACCUAGACAUGUUUACGAACACAUUAGAACAUAAACAGACGGAGACUUCAUGAUUCCGAUUAUCACGAAAUCUUACGGAGUAUUUUGAUACAUUAAAAAUCGGCGAUUUGUCGCGUUUAAACUGUUCGACAGAAAUCUUCUAGUGAUUUAUCAACUUUCUGAACCUGUACUCAACUUAAAAUAAUAAUAGCUUUAUCCUACUGCCAAUUCAUAUGGAGUCCUGUCUCAGUUUCUCAUAGAAAGAUUUAUAUACAUAUAUAUUUUAGCGAUACAAUUUGUAUACAUAUAUAAUACAUUCUUCCAUCUGAAAUCGGGAGCUUUUCUUAAAUAAUGUGAGAGUUACCAAAUUAAACUCUUAACACUUACUGCGCGUAAUGAAAAAUUUCUGUCUUGCUGAGUUUUUAGAUGCCUUGAAAUAACGUGAUUUUCAAUAUCAUAAAAAUUUCUAUUUAUUUUUUUUUUCUUCGCCUUGCUUUCAAGUCAUGAUUUACGACUUUGAUUUCGAAUCUGAACGUUCCACGAACUAUUCCAAGCUAUUCAACACAAUACAAGAUUCGAACAUGCUUUUUAUUUACUGUGUCUUUUUUUUCAUUAAGCAAGAAACAAAAUAGCAUAUCUGUACAUUCUAUUGCUUAUAAAGCAGUACUCGUAAAGGUUGGUAGAAUUGUUUCAGAAAAAUUUAUUAUUGACCAUGUUAUCAGAACAACAAAAUAGCUAACGAAGUAAAAUUAUGUUUAUUAGAGCAACAUAGCUAAAUCGACUCUUUUGGGCAGGAAAAAUACUAAAACCAUUUACAAGGUGUAAAAUAAUACUUUCGGUAUUCGUGACGGCAAGAAUAUAUACUAUUAGAGAAUAGAAACUCAGAGAUAUGCAAAAAAAAAAACUACGUAUCUUAAUAUAUCUGUUAUUAUGAAAUUUGAUAUUUACCUUGGAGUAAGUCGAAAUGGGAUAAAGUUGAAUUGUCAUUCAGGAUUUGGGUUAUCGUGUUACUUGGAACUUCUCGUAUUCUUAAAGAAAAUGUAAAGCGCAACGAUUUUGUAUCCAAUUUGUUUGAAGCUUGAAAAAUUCGCAAUUGAGUGGAAAAUGUUUUCUAUCCAGUCUUCGUGUUUUAAUGUACCAAAAAACACGAUGUGAACUUUUCGUCCGUUUAAGUUAAGUUUAAUUGUAUACAUUUGUGUACAAAUAUAUAUUGAAUAACAGGUUGUACAAGAUACUGCAGCCACCAAAUGGUCUGACAAAUUUUUCAUUUUAUUUUUAGUUUCUGCAGCGUAAUCAAUAAUCUUAUUAUUAAAAUAUACUAAUCCAAUGCAUUAAUGUAGGUAUCCUUUGAUUGUUCUUCUUCUGUGACGCAUCAAAGAAUACCUACAUCGAUUCAUAUAUAUAUACGCAUAUAUGCGUGCGUGCGUGCGUGAGUACCGCAGGAAAAUUUUUUGAAGAACAAAUAGUAUUAUUAAGGACGGUCAAUUAAUAUGUAAUAUUACUGGAUAACCCGUCGGUAAUAGUUAUUAUUAAUACAAUAUUUAAGAUCAAAAUAUCUAUAAUCUCGCGAGGUAUAUUACAUAAAAUUCGAAUGGCUUGGAAUAGAUUAUAAAAGUAACCGAACACAGUCAUGAGUUUAUAUAUGAUAUACAUUAGAAGGAAUAAGCAGUGAUAAAACGAAGCUAGGUGUACAUUAUAAAUUGAUUCUAUUAGUGCAUACGUUUAACAACAAAAAUAUAUAGAGAAAAAAAACAUACCGAAAUUCAGUGGUGUAGAUUAUAUUCAAUGGAUGAAUUUCAUAUUAUCUUAUAAUGAUCAUCGUAUACUAUAAUACUAACAAUAAGAGAAUAAUUUUAAGCUAAUUUAUUUAUCAUUUCUUCCGUCUGCAUAUACAUAUACUUGCUUUAUUAAAAGGUGUGUGAGUUGUCGUCGUUUAUUAAAUUAUUGCAUCAAUUGUAUUUACACGAUGCUAUUAUAUUAUCUACUUAAUGCCGUUAUUAACUGCUGGAUAAAGCUUUUGUGAGAGCAAAAAUUGAAGUAGAGGAAAAAAAAGUAUUAAGCCUGAUAUAUAUUUACAGUGUUUCGACUAUUGUUGGAAUUACACUGGUAAACUCUCGUGUCGCAAUAUAGUUUAGUGAAUACAAAUCUCCAAUCUCCAUAUUUGUUGAAUUAUUGUAGUAGUAAAUCCUCGAAUGACUCUGAUUGCUUAUUUAUAGUCGAGUUUUAUUUAUCGUCAAUCUUUAUGCUUGCACUACUACUUACUACCUGCAUAGGAAUACAUUUCCGACAAUUUUAUUUCUGGGCCAGACUAUAUUACGUGAAAAUUUGUUUAUCACCGUGUUUUGGUAAAUUAAAUAUUUUCGCUCGAGGCGAUAAAAAAAGAUAUUAUUAUUUAUUUGCAUUUUUUUUCUGUAUAUAAGGUUCCGCGAGUGAAGCUCAGGCAAACACAUAUAUGCACAUUGAAGUCAAUCUUGCGGACUAAAAUCUCAAUUUUCAGUAUAUAUUCGAAUUCAACAUCAGACGUUAUCCUUGUAGUUGUUUUACUUGGCGAUUGAAAUUGGAAUUACUUACUUAUUGGUAACUGACGAAUGCCGGAAAUGAUUUUAUUUGUCCAAAAUUGCAAGCGUAUAGACAGCGACCAUGUUACAACUUCAAUCGUCGUUACGCGCAGUUUCGUGACAGCAGAAAUGUUUAAAGAACAAGCAUACUUCGAACUUUAAACAGGAUUUAAAAAUUAAAUAUUGACUUGUCGAAAUAAAUCGUCUAUGUGUAAAAUAUCCAAUUUCCUGAACGUCUUAUACUUAUAAUUAUACACGAUACAAAGUUUAACUGUACUCAAAAUUGGCAAACUAUUUCCGUUGGAAAGUGUACGUAUAUAUAACUAGCACCUCGAAGGCUGUAAAAUGAGUUUGACUGAUAAUGUUUUUAGUAUGCAUAAACGUGCGUACAGCGAAGAAAAUGUUUCAAUAUUCUUAUCUUGAACGUUCUUAUGAAUGUAAUACGUCAUAAUCAGUAUUUAAAUAUCAUGACAAAAUUUUGGCUACAGAGCUUGUACGAACAAAACAAAACAAAAAAAAAAAAGAACAUGUUUCGUGACAAAAUUAUUGUAUAUAGGUAUAUCAUAUACGUAUUUACAUCUCCCUUUUACUCUUUCUCACUAUCUCCCUCUCUAUGUCUUUCUCUCUAUUUCUUUUUCUCUCUCCUUUUAUAUCUGGUUAUUUGAAUGUCUCAAAUUGUUGAUUACAAGGCAAUUAUAUAUCAUAUUCAGUGAAUAAUGUCAACUGGCAGACAAAUACAUAGGUACAAAAAGAUUUUCUGGACUAAAUUCUCAAAUAACAAACAGCUGAAGAAUGAAUCUCAACUUCCAACAAGCAAAAGUAUAAUUUUAUCUUUGCUCAGGUUCUGAAAAUUGAGGAUGGAAAAGUUGCAUAGUUUAAGGAAGCCUCAGAUUUCCGUGAUAAAAAACAAAAAAUUGUACUUUCGACUAAAACGAUAUUACUGACGACAGUAAUAAGAAAAAAAUUCCUCAUGACUUUUAUGAAUUGUUGAAAUUCAACUAGCCAGAGAUUACGGCCGUUUUUUUUACGUCAAUUUUCUCAUUGGCCUAUUCCGUUAAAUUCAACCAAUGAAAUCACUCAAUGUCGAGUUGUGCCAGAGAAUUGACGUAAAAGGAAAGAGGCCUACAUGAAAAGAAAAUUUUUUCGUAGAAAAUUCGAAAGCAUAGUCUCAGACUUUGAUUAAUAAACAAAUUGACUAAAUAAUUACGUGCAAAUAUUUUCUUACCAAUCGGAACAACUUAACUGAUAGGAAUAAAACUAAUAUCACACAGAUGUAUAACUUUUGUUUUUACUCCGCGAAGAUAUACAUGUAUGUAUCUGUUCGAGGCGGUUUUGAAAAUAUUUAACACGUUGAUUGUGUAUUGUUUAUUUUUUUUGUUUCUCUUUCGCUUCUCAAAUUGUAUAUAAGUCUAACUACAAUACUUUCUACUUGGCAACAAUAACUUCUUUAAUAUGACUGCAGUAAAAAAUUUGCCCGCAGAUUCAUUCAUACAUACAAGUAACCAUGUUAAUUGAUCAAAUCUCAGUCAAAUUAUUUGGCACUAAAUCCAAACUACUCAGUAAUAUAAUCGUAUCUGCUUCGAAACUUACACAGUGGUCAUCAAUCUUUGAUACAUCGAAUGACAAUAUUAAAUCUUGGAUGUUCCAAUAGCUACGAAAGUUCACUAUCAGGAUAUUAUAAUAAUAAUAUAAUUUCACUGAGCAAUGUAGCAAUAUUAUUAGAUUACUCUGAUAAACACCAGAUGAUGUAAGAAUUUGAUACUAUUAUGAUUAAGUAAUGUCAUUUUCAGACUAAUAAUAAUCUUGAAUUGUCAUCAUUGAACGAUACUAUGUUGCAGUAGUAUCGGAAAUGAGUGCUAGAUAAGGAUUGUGCCCAAUAUUUGUUGCUCGAGAAAAUUAAUAUCAAUAUCUACUCUUCACGAGAUAUCCUAAAAAAAAAUAUUCUCACCUUUACUACUCUGGAAAAGUUAUUCAAGGAGGCGUCUGCCCCGAUGUAUUUUAAUUAUCUAGUCGAUCGAUAAAUAUUGGUUCAAGUCCUUGGUGCUGGAUACCAAAGAUUUUGGUUAGAAACAAUGUGAGCCAAUGUUGAAACACAGAAUCAGUCCCCAAUUUUAGAAUUUGAUUACUAGCCUUUUAUCUACGUCGAAAUAUCGGUGAUAAUAAAACAGAAUUAACGAGUUGAACAUCAGCUGAAUACUAGAUUUCUUUUUUUUUUUUCAAAGUGACCACGCAUAACAAAAAAGCUUAGCAACGUUUUCUGGCUCAGCAGUUAUUAACAAUUGAAUACGCGAAACAAAUAAUUUGAAAAAGUUGUUCAAGAUGAGUGUUUUGGCUCGUAUGUGAAAAUGAGCAUGAAUCUGUCGCAGCUGGGUUCGAUUCUUGGUCUCAUCGUUGAUCAUAAAAUCAUAAUAUAACAAAGGCACCGACAAAUUUGCUUAAUUAAAGUAUUGACAUAUUUCUAAAUAAUAUGUCAGUGUUCAUAUUUGUUCAAUUAAUUUCUGCUGUAUGUUAUUAAAAUUUGGGUUUCAAUAUGUACACGCAGGCACUUUGCCUUUAGUAAAAUGAUACAUUUUUUAAAACUCCUUUUGUUAGUGCUAGGUUGAAUUUCACUAAAGUGAUCAGUGUGUGAAUAUUUAUAAUUUAGACUUUAAUAUUGUGAGAGUAUUGUAUGCAUGUUGUGUGUUUUUUUUUUUUUUUUACUUUGUUACAUUUUCCCAACGUAUCUUUUUUUUCUAUUUCAAUUUCUCACAUUAAACAGAGCCUUAAUCCAAUUUUAUAUGUUUGCUACCUAAUACAAAACGAAAAUUAUACAAAUUAAUUCGUCAAUAGUAACUCAAUAUGGAAUAAGACUGAUGAUUGUCAGUCUAGGAAAUUCAUAAGCAUAAUGAUUUUUAUUUGAAAUACAAUUUUGUACACAAAUAUAUCAGAUCUGAAAAAUCUAUCUUCAAUUCCAAUAGAUUAUCUCAAAACAAUAUCGAGUGUAGAAAAACUCUGAAAUUCAGGCACAUUGGAAUGGAAUUUAAAUAUUUAGUAAUAUGUGCACUUCUGUUAUUACAGAAUAUUUGCGGAGACCAUAAAUUGCAAAUUUUUCUGUGGCGUGCAAAGGUUCGGAUCGGAAAUAUUUCUUAUCGAUUGUAUAUACAUAUAUUAUGUCAUAUAUAUAUACAUCUCUUUCACUUUAGGUAUUAUAGCACAGAAUUUAUUUGUAUAAUAAUUUCUAACGUAAAAAUUAAAUGUUUAUCUGACCUUAGAACAUUGAGAAUUAUAUUUGAAGAAGGAAAUAAGAAAAAAAAAUCUUAUCCUGUUAUAAAUAAAACAUAAUUUAAGGGAGUUACGAUAGUUUCGAAAGUAACUAUAUGCGACAUUAAUAAGCGCGCUGGAAUUUUCUUACCCCUUAUUAUUAUUCCCCUAUACAGCGUUCAAAUGAAUUCACAUGUUAUAAUAAAACGUUAUUAUAGUGGAUAAAUAUAUAAAUUAUAAUUAAAUGCAUACUAAAUUAUAUUAGAUAUAACAUUCUUAUAUUGAUUAUACAUAAUAUAUAGUAAGGCCGUUGACAAAUGAGAAAUGUAACGUUUUAAUAGCGAAAAAAAAAAACAAUUAUGACUAAUAAUAAUCGUAAUAAUAUCGCUAUUUAUAACACUGAAAUAAUAUGAUAAAUAUUUAAAAAAUGAUAAUUCAUGGGAUACUGAGAAUCCAGGUAAACUUGGGUUCAGUGUAAUGAUUUAUCCGUUGCUGUACUUACUUGAUGAAUUUGAUUUUUCACUUGUAGAUCUUACAUGGAGAAAGAAAUAAAAACAAUUAUUUCUAGAUGAA